UUUCCAGUUGGUCAGGAAGAGGAGAAAGGCGGACACAGCAACAUCAAGGGGUAAUCUUUUUCUGUCAGCGACAACUUUAAAGAGCCUUUAUGCUGUGAUGGCGGCUAUCAGGAAAAAGUUGGUCAUCGUAGGUGAUGGUGCAUGUGGGAAGACCUGCCUGCUCAUUGUUUUCAGUAAGGAUCAGUUUCCAGAGGUCUAUGUCCCCACCGUGUUUGAGAACUACGUGGCUGACAUCGAGGUGGACGGCAAGCAGGUGGAGCUUGCCCUUUGGGAUACAGCUGGUCAAGAGGACUACGAUCGACUCAGGCCUCUUUCCUACCCCGAUACAGAUGUGAUCCUUAUGUGUUUCUCUGUAGACAGCCCUGACAGUUUAGAGAAUAUUCCUGAGAAGUGGACACCUGAAGUAAAACACUUCUGCCCAAAUGUUCCCAUCAUCCUUGUGGGAAAUAAGAAAGAUCUCCGCAACGAUGAGCACACCAGAAGGGAGCUUGGUAAAAUGAAGCAGGAGCCGGUUAAAUCUGAGGAAGGAAGGGACACGGCCGACCGCAUCAGUGCUUACAGCUACCAAGAGUGUUCCGCCAAAACCAAAGAUGGUGUGAGGGAAGUCUUUGAAAUGGCCACCAGGGCGGCGUUACAGGCCAAGAGAAGGAACAAGAAGUCCGGUUGUAACCUUCUAUAAGCUGAAAGAGAAGAGGAAGAUGCUCUCAACUGCAACAAGGGCAACUUCUAUUGAGAGCAUACAUUGGGGACAAUAUUUUGGCACGCCCAGAAAAGUCACUCAGUUUCUGAUCAUCCAUUCCUCGAAUUAGAGCUCAAAACUUUAUGGCUUCUGUUGGUCAUGUGUCUAUGCUAUACGGUCGUUUGUCAUUUUUAUUU